UUGGUGUUCGAGAACAAAGCAAUUCCUGUUGUUAUUUACAGUAACCACCAAGGUACCUAUUUGGGUUCUCGACUGACAAAACUGUGCUGCAAAUGCAAAAUUUAUGAACAUCAUGGAUACUGGUCUGUUGACGGUAAACAACAUUUUAACAGGGACUCUGUAUUCUCAGAGUUUCGUCUUUCCUCUGAGGACACUGCUUUCCAGAUGGAUAUUUUGGCUGAAUGCAACAAUCUGCUUGUCAUCGGCGCCGUCCCUUUCAGUACAUAUGCCGCUAGUUACAAUAGAUGUAUCCAGUAUUGUAAAAUGGCAAUGACGAAUGACAUUGAUCCUAAAGUUAAGAGAAUG